GACGGUGAGAUACUUCUUUCUCUCGUUAUUCAUGUGUGUCUCUUGCUCUCUCCCUUUUCGGCCACUCAUUGCUAGACCAGACCCCUGACCCCUCAAGUCCAGCACCUGUUCUCUCUGUGGCUGACGCUGUGGAAGAAACGUCCCCACAGGAGAUGAGAGCAACAGCCCUCUCUCUCCUCACUUGUGAUUCACAGCAGCUAGCAUGAAGAGGCAAAUUGCAUCUUACUGUGAGGGUAGAACAUUCCCAUUAUGGCUCCAUGAAUUUAUCUGAUGUUCUUUUAAAGCCAUCAGAUUUGGUGGUCAGCAUUAUGUCUUGUAGGAAUAGAUUCCAUAGUUUAGUUGUGCACUGUGUGAAAAAGUACUUUUUUGCCUUUCUUUCCAACAUUCAGCUUCACAGGGUGGCCCUGAGUUAUGAGAAGAGAAAAACUUCCUAAAUCCCUCCACAGCUAUCACCACAUCAUGCAUAGAUGGCAUACAAAAAAAAGGAUGUAUGUAUCAUCUUACCAUUUUUCUAAACUAAAGAGCGAGAUGAGCACGCAACCCCAGGGUCAUCCAUGACUGGACCUAACGUUGUGUAAUAAAACUGAGAUUUUAAUUCAUUUUAAAUGUAGAGCUGUUGCUAAUUCAAGGAAAAGCAGGAAUACAGUGAGAGUUGUACUAUUUGAAAACAAGCUUGCCAUUUUCUUUCUUUUUGUAGUGAAAUACUCAAGAUGUCUUCCAUCUCUACUUCCUGUUCUCCUUCCCAACUAACUGUGGCAUCACAAGUUCCUUUUGAAGAUCUCUGUUCAACAUUAGAACGAAUACAAAAAUGCAAAUCCCGACCUGAGAAAACCAAGAAUUUCAAGGAGUUUUUAGAUUCCUGGAGGAAAUAUCAUGAUGCUCUUCAUAAAAAUGAAAAAGAUGUAACAGAUUCUUUUUAUCCAGCAAUGAGGCUUAUUCUUCCACAGUUGGAAAGAGAAAGGAUGGCUUAUGGAAUUAAAGAAACCAUGCUUGCUAAGCUGUAUAUUGAGCUGUUAAAUUUACCCAAAGAUGGAAAAGAUGCUUUAAAACUCUUAAAUUAUCGAACACCUACUGGCUCACGGGGAGAUGCUGGAGACUUUGCUAUGAUUGCCUAUUUUGUCUUGAAACAAAGGUGUCCCAGGAAAGGUCAACUGACCAUAAAACAAGUGAACGAUAUUUUAGAUUCCAUUUCUAAUAAUAAUGCUGCCAAAAGGAGGGAUCUGGUCAAGAAGAGCCUUCUUCAGUUAAUAACUCAGAGUUCAGCACUUGAACAGAAAUGGUUGAUCAGGAUGAUCAUAAAAGAUUUGAAACUUGGUGUCAGCCAGCAAACCUUACUUUCCAUCUUUCAUCCUGAUGCUUCAGAGUUGCACAAUGUUACAACUGAUUUGGAGAAAGUCUGUAGACAGUUACACAAUCCUUCUGUAUUUCUUAGUGAUGUUUCUAUUACAUUAUUUUCUCCCUUUAAACCGAUGCUUGCUGCUAUUGCUGAUAUACAACAAAUUGAAAAACAAAUGAACAACCAGAGUUUUUACAUAGAAACCAAAUUAGAUGGUGAGCGAAUGCAGAUGCACAAAGAUGGAGAUGUUUACAAGUAUUUUUCCCGAAAUGGGUAUGAUUAUACUCAGCAGUUUGGAGCUUCUCCCUUGGAAGGUUCACUGACUCCAUUUAUUCAUAAUAUCUUCAACAAUAAUAUUCAGAACUGCAUUCUGGAUGGUGAAAUGAUGGCCUGCAAUCCCACCACACAGAACUUUGUACAGAAGGGUAGCAAAUUUGACAUCAAAAAGAUGUCAGAUGAUUCAGAAUUACAGACAUGCUUCUGUGUGUUUGAUGUUCUCAUGGUUAAUAACCAAAAAUUGGGUCAUGAGAUGUUGAGCAAAAGAUAUGAGAAACUGAAUGAGAUGUUUACACCAAUAGAAGGUCGUUUGCAGUUUGUUCCUAAAAAUCAAGCUAACACUCAGAAAGAAGUAAUAGAUUCUCUAAAUGAAGCAAUAGAUAACAGAGAAGAAGGAAUUGUGGUAAAAGAUCCCAUGUCAAUUUACAAGCCGGACAAACGUGGGGAAGGAUGGUUCAAGAUCAAACCAGAGUAUGUUAGUGAAGUAAUGGAUGAACUAGAUCUUUUAAUUGUUGGGGGCUACUGGGGAAAAGGUCUUCGUGGUGGCAUGAUGUCACAUUUUUUAUGUGCAGUUGCUGAGACUCCUCUGCCUGGUGAAAAACCAUCAGUGUUCCACUCCAUUUGUCGUGUUGGUUCUGGUUACACUAUGAAAGAACUUUAUGAUCUUGGCUUGAAAUUAGCCAAAUAUUGGAAACCUUAUCGUAAAAGAGAUCCUCCUUUAAGUAUCUUGUGUGGAACUGAGAAGCCUGAAGUCUAUAUCGAGCCUUGUAAUUCAGUCAUCGUCCAGAUUAAAGCAGCUGAGAUUGUGAGCAGUGAUAUGUACAAAACUGAUUAUACAUUACGUUUCCCUCGUAUUGAGAGGAUAAGAGAAGAUAAAGAAUGGCAUGAUUGUAUGACUCUUGACAUUCUAGAGCAACUCAGAGGUAAAGCUUGUGGAAAGCUAGCGACUAAGCACUUUCAUAUAGAUAAUGAUGAGCCACAAGGAAAGAAACGUAAAACUGUGCCCAAGAUUAAAAAAAAAAUUGGUUUAAUAGAUCAUUUUAAAGCUCCUGAUCUUUCAAAUAUAAACCAGAUUUCCAGUAUAUUUGAAGAUGUUGAGUUUUGUGUUAUGACAGGGACACAAAAAUAUUCAAAAUAUCAGCUGGAAAGUAAAAUAGCGGAAUAUGGCGGCAGCAUAGUCCAGAAUCCUGGUUUGGACACCUAUUGUGUGAUUGCAGGAAUUGAGAAUGUCAGAGUGAAAAAUAUUAUUUAUUCUGACAAGUAUGAUGUUGUGAGAGCGGAGUGGCUUUUACAGUGCUUUCAAUCCAAAACAUUUGUACCCUGGCAGCUUGAUUUCAUGAUUCACAUGUCUCCAGAAACAAAACAACAUUUUGCCUGUGAAUAUGACUGCUAUGGUGAUAGUUACACAGGUGAUACUGAUAUUGCCAAACUAAAGAAGGUGUUCUCAAGAAUGAAUAACUUUCAGGCAGAGAUCUCUCAGGAUGCAAUUGCUGACAUAGAAGCACGUUAUUCAUGGGAAAGCUCUCCACUAAGUAUGUUCAGGCAGCACACGAUUUACGUGGAUCCUUCUGAUGAAUUGAGUAAUUCAGGUGCUAGGAUUAAACAAACAAAACUAUUAACUGCGCUGAUACUUCGAUUUCAUGGAGCAAAAGUGGUUCAGCAGCUUGAAGAGGGUGUGUCCCAUGUAAUCAGUGGAGAUCAUGCUCAUUUGAAGGAGAUAAAGACACUGAGAAGAACGUUCAAAAGGAAGUUUAAAAUUUUGUCUGAGCAGUGGGUAAAGGAUUCUAUAAAGACUGGCAAGUUACAAAAUGAAAAUGUUUACUUAAUUUAAAUCAUUUCAUUUAAUAGGAAAAUAAUUACUUUGAUUAACUUCAUUUAUCUAUUUAAUGAAUUCUGCCAGGCUCCUUUAAUACUUCACUUCAUUUUGAAGUUUGUAGAUAAAGUUUCACAAGUAUGAACAUGGAAGAAAAGCUUUCAGGUAUGGUGCUGAAAAUUAGGUUAUUUUUUAAAAAAAAAUCCUCCAUUUUAUUGAGCUGCGGCUAGCACAUU